CCCACUUGUUCUGGGUAUCGUUCCUCAACAUCAACAGUCAAACGCCUUCAACUGCUGACCACGUUUGGUGUUUAGUGUAAUAUACAACUUAAUUUGGUUUUUGGUUUACUCUUUUUUUAAUAUUUACUCAGGAUGGUAGUUUACCUUUAGACAAUCAACAGUCAGACAUUUAUUGUGUACCUGUCAUUAUAUUUAUACAAAAUAAACUCGGGAAUGUCGGAAAUAACUAGUUUCAUGGAGGGAUAUAAUAACUUUAUGAAGACACAUACCGAUCCUAGGACAGCGGAUUGGUUCUUAGCGGGAAAAUUGGGCCACUUGCUAGUUAUUUUAACAAGCUAUGUAUAUUUCUGCUCAUCUGCAGGUCCAAAGUAUAUGAAAGAUAAGAAACCUUAUGAUCUUAAGACCAUCAUCCAGGCUUAUAAUCUGAUGCAAGUUUUUGCCAGCGCCUACCUAGUAUAUGAGGGUUUACAAGCAGGUUGGCUUAAUGACUACUCAUUUAGCUGUCAACCAGUUGUGCCUGGAGAGAAAGGGCUUAGGAUGGCGAGAGCAGUUUGGUUAUACUUCAUGCUCAAAUUAGUUGAACUUUUGGACACGGUUUUUUUCGUUUUGAGGAAAAAGAACAACCAGGUUUCUUAUCUCCAUGUUUAUCACCACACACUUAUGCCAAUAUGUGCUUGGAUAGGCGUAACAUUUUUACCGGGAGGACAUGGAACCUUAUUGGGACUAAUAAAUUCCUUUAUUCACGUCAUAAUGUAUGCUUACUAUUUCGUAGCAGCUCUCGGACCAGAAUAUCAGAAAUAUCUUUGGUGGAAGAAACAUUUAACCGCUUUGCAAAUGGUCCAAUUUUGCAUGGUAUUUGUCCACAACUUCCAAGUGAUCUUCCGUGAUUGCGAUUAUCCAAAGUUUCUCAACGUACUUUUGUCCAUUCAAGCAGGAUAUUUCUUCUAUUUGUUCGGAGCCUUUUAUAACGCACAAUACGUGAAAAGCCAAAGAAAGAAAAAGCACGAGGAGAAUGGAAUGAUAUCAAAUGGUGUUGAAAAUAGAACAAACAAUGCAAUGAAUGAGAAAAUAAAAGGCUACUAGCACCGUAACAGUGCGAAGUUUUUUUAAAUUUAUUACUGUUAUAGAAACUGUUAAGGAAUGAUAAUUUCUGUGAUCUAUAGGAAAAUGUUUCUCUCCUGUUUGGAAAUACAUAAUACUAAUUCCGAAAAUUUUCCGUAAAUUCGACGCAAAUUCUUUUAAUGUUUUGGUCAUAAUAGUUGUGGAUAUAUUUAUAUAUUUAUAAUUUAUAAAAUGUUUAUAAAUGGGAAUUUUUAAUUUAUUUAUAUAUAAAUCAUCAA